AUGGCAACCCAACUCCGCCUAAAGCUUCUGAUAGACACAAAAAGCAACAAAGUCUUGUUUGCGGAAGCAGGGAAGGAGGUGGUAGAUUUCCUCUUCGGCCUCCUCUCCUUGCCGCUGGGCUCAGUUAUCAAGCACAUUACCGACGAGAAAAUGGUGGGCUGCGUCGGUAGUCUCUACAAAAGCGCGGAGAACUUAGAUGAGACCUACUUCGCCUCUAACGAAAACAAAACCAGUUUCCUAAAUCCCAUUUCAAAGAAUACUCUGUUUUUGACUGGCACAAGCUCGACACCAGCACCAACAGCUGGGCGGAAGUCAUAUAGGUGCCCUAUUAAUAACUGUGCAAGCUAUCCCGAUGCUUAUGGUGCUUGCUGUUCUUGCGGUUGUAAGAUGACCACUGAGACGGUUUCCACGGCCGGGAUAGUGAAGGGAAUGGUGACUUAUAGUGUGAUGGACGAUCUCACCAUUACGCCGAUGUCUGCUAUCUCAUGCAUCACGCUGCUGAGCAAGUUCCAUGUUAAGGACGUCGGAUCGCUUGAGGAGCGGACGGUGAAUAUGGGGAUGAGCGAGGGUCUGAAGCUGCUCAAGGCUUCUCUGCAGUCGAAGACUGUUCUGACCGAUGUGUUCAUUGAUCGGAAGGCGGCAACUAAAAAAGCCAGGUGAUGCUGGUGCGAGAAGUGUGCUCAGCGACCAUUUUGGGACCUUUCUGUUAAUAUGUUGGAAUGCGUGAUCGAUGGCUGUGUUUUGCGAAUGGGAAGCGAGUGUGUGUCGCU